AGCGUCCACUGGAAAAAUAAGCAAAAUAUAUCAAUAUGAUAAAACCAAACAAAAACACUUAACUCCAAGAUUUUGGAACUUCGAACGAACGCAUGGUGGCGCUGUUGACUAAGAAGGCAAAUUAAACCACGGGCAUUGUACGGCAUCAGUGACGCACGGAUCCAGGGCGGCGAACAAGGGAUUGUGAGCCCAGGCAGACUUUAAGCAGAUCUGAGACUCUGGCAAAAAAUGCCCCCUAGGACGCCUGCAAAAGAUUGGGGUGGAAGAGGACACCGGACUGCGUUUUCCAGCGCCGUCUGAGGCUCAGCUUGGCGAUAUUCCUUGAAAUAACAGGGCUGGAAGAGCAAUGGAGGCCAGAGGAAAGCGCUUUCCUAGACAAAGGCAAGUCCUGCUUCUCUUUGUUUUUCUGGGUGGGUCUCUGGCUGGGUCGGAGUCCAGACGGUAUUAUGUGGAUGAGGAAAAGGAGAAGGGUUUUUUAAUAGCGAACCUAGUAAAAGAUCUGGGGCUGACGGUAGGAGAACUGGCUGCAAGGGAGAUCCAAGUUGUGACCAACGGGAACAAAUAUUUUCAGCUCAAUCAUGAGACAGGUGAUUUGAUACUGAAUGAGAAAUUGGACCGAGAGGAGCUAUGCGGCCCCACAGAACCAUGUAUACUGCAUUUUCAGAUAAUACUGCAAGAUCCAUUGCAGAUUGUCACAAAAGAGCUCCAGGUCAUGGAUGUAAAUGACCACCCACCAGUAUUCUUUGAAAAUGAAAUGCAGCUGAAAAUCCUAGAAAGCACUCCACCAGGAACAAUAAUUCCUUUGGGAAAUGCUGAGGAUGUGGACGUGGGAAGAAACGGUCUCCAAAACUACACACUCGCUCCUAAUUCUUAUUUCCACGUAGUCACACGCAGUCGCAGGGACGGAAGGAAGUACCCAGAACUAGUGCUGGACAAAGCGCUGGAUCGGGAGCAGCAGCCUGAGCUCAGUUUAACACUCACAGCGCUGGAUGGCGGCUCUCCACCACGCUCUGGGACCGCCCAGAUCAACAUCCUGGUCUUAGACAUAAAUGACAAUGCUCCAGAAUUUGAGCAGACGCUCUAUGAGGUUCAAAUCCUUGAGAACAGCCCCAUUAACUCCGUCAUUGUCACUGUCUCUGCUUCGGAUUUAGAUGCAGGAACUUUUGGGACAGUAUCUUAUGCCUUUUUUCAUCCUUCUGAAGAAAUUCUCAAAACUUUCCAUCUCAAUCCCAUUACUGGUGCCAUGCACCUAGUCAAAUAUUUGAAUUUUGAAGAGAUUAAUAGUUAUGAAAUUGAUAUUGAAGCCAAAGAUGGAGGAGGCCUUUCAGGAAAAUCUACAGUCAUAGUUCAGGUGGUUGAUGUGAAUGACAACCCACCAGAACUGAGUUUGUCUUCAGUUAACAGUCCUAUCCCGGAGAACUCAGGACAGACUGUGGUGGCUGUUUUCAGCGUUUCUGAUCUAGACUCUGGAGACAAUGGAAGAGUGAUGUGUUCCAUCCAGAACGACCUGCCCUUCGUCCUGAAACCAUCUGUGGAGAAUUUUUACACCUUAAUGUCUGAAGGACCUCUGGACAGAGAGAGCCAAGCCGAGUACAACAUCACCAUCACUGUCACCGACCUGGGGACACCCAGGCUGACCACAGAGCACAGCAUAACAGUGCUGGUCUCCGACGUCAACGACAACGCCCCCGCCUUCACCCAGGCCUCCUACACCCUGCUGGUCCGCGAGAACAACAGCCCCGCCCUGCACAUCGGAACCAUCAGCGCCACAGACGCAGACGCGGGCACCAACGCCCAGGUCACCUACUCGCUGCUGCCGCCCCACGACCCGCAGCUGGCCCUGGCCUCGCUGGUGUCCAUCAACGCCGACAACGGCCAGCUGUUCGCGCUCAGGUCGCUGGACUACGAGGCCCUGCGCGCCUUCGAGUUCGGCGUGCGCGCGGCAGACCGCGGCUCGCCCGCGCUCAGCAGCCAGGCGCUGGUGCGCGUGCUGGUGCUGGACGCCAACGACACGCCGCGGUCGGCCAGCGUCACGCUGCACGUGCUGCUGGUGGACGGCUUCUCCCAGCCCUACCUGGCGCUGCCCGAGGCCGCCCCGGCGCAGGCGCAGGCCGACUCGCUCACCGUCUACCUGGUCAUCGCGCUGGCGGCGGUGUCGUCGCUCUUCCUGCUGUGUGUGCUGCUGUUCGUGGCGGCGCGGCUGUGCAGGAGGGCCAGUGCGGCCUCGCUGGGGGUCUGCUCGGUGCCCGAGGGCCCCUUCCCGGGCCACCUGCUGGACGUCAGCGGCACUGGGACCCUGUCCCACAGCUACCAGUAUGAGGUGUGUCUGAGGGGAGGGACUGGGACCAGUGAUUUCAAGUUUUUGAAGCCGAUUAUCCCCAGCUUCCUUGCUGAAGGUGUGGAGAGGGUUAGUGAGGCCAACCCCAGUGUCAGGAAUAGCUUUGAAUUCAAUUAAGCAUUAAUAAGUGAGGGGAGGAUGCCCUCCAGGGACUUAGUCAGCUGGGCCUGUAGAUGCUGGGCCAAGUGUCAGAGACCUCCAUUAGGGCUUAAUUAUUGCGUAUGGCACAGGAUUUAUU